GUUUUUUAACGUUUUUUUUUUUUAUUAUUUAUUUUUUUUAUUAACUCAAUGCCACAGGAACAAGAGGUAUUACACAAUCAUGUCAAGUUAACAUUAGCUGCUAGAGAAAAAGAAGAAAUAAAAUAGAAAAAAAGAAAAGAAAAUACAUUACAUAAAUUUCAAUAAUUUUAGAGCAUUACAUGUUUUCAGUGCUUUUUUGUUUUUUGUUUGUUCCAGGAGAUUUACAUACAAUUUAAAGUCGUUAAUAAAAUGAGAAAAAUUUGGUUUACACCGAGCCCACUUUUUCUUAUGUAUAUGGAAUUUUCCUAAUAAAAUAAACAAAUGUAUAAUAUGUUGUUCUUUACAAUUCAAUCUUUCACUUUCUGUAUAAAAAAGCACAUCAAAUAUACAAAUUUCUAUCAUACAUUCCAUUUUUCUGUUAAUAUAGAAUUCCAUAUCUUUCCAAAAUACUCUUGAGUAAAUACAAUGAAAAAAAAUAUGCAAAAUGGUUUCUUUUUCUUGACCACAAAACUCACAGGUAUAUGAAAUAUUAAGCUUAAAUCUUUCCAAAAUAUGCUUGGCAGGAUAAAUUCUAUGAAGUAUUUUGUAAGACACUUCCUUAAUUUUUUAACAUGUUUUAACAUGUUUUUAUGUCGCAAAUGACGCACGCCGCGUAGACAGAUCACGUGGCAUAUAAAGAAACCCAUACGACGUUACCUAAUCACGGGUUGCGUUCGAGGUGUGUCUGCAGCUGACGUGACGUGGACCGCAUUGCUGAGCUCCUCGAAGGCUCUUUCGUUUACGUCCGGCGGAAUCCGCAUUUUACCCUCACCCCUAUAUUUUCGGUUUCAGAUGAUCGAAGGAAUGGAUAUAAAAACAUAUAGGUUUAUACCGGUGUUCUGUCGAGAUGAGCUACUUUGUCGAGUUAUGCUACCGUAGUGCUAAUCGAUAACCCUAAUCCCCUAAAACCCUUACCUUAACCCUAACCACUAACCCUAAUCUCAAAACGGUGGAACUGCACAUGCGCAGAAAGGCUCGACACCGGCUCUCCGGCUUUCCCUUAAGGUGUGGCUACAUGCUUUUUUAUUUUUUUCAUUAAUUUUCUAUACUGCUUUGUACGCUUAGUUUGGCGGGACAGACUCCGGACCCCCGUGACCCUGCAUAGGAAUAUCGGGUAUAGAAAAUGCAUACAUAGAUUUGCAGAGCUUCAAAGAAAAGAACAACCUGUUGGAUGGGAUAAUUUCCUAUAUGGGAUGAGAAAAUGCAGAUUUAUUUUUGCACUCUGUUCUUUUUUCUACCCUUGGUUAAUAAUAAAAUGCAGUUUAAAAAAGUUAAAUUUGGGGAACCUGUUACUUUGAAUUGCACUGAAAACAAGAAACCUGUCACCUACAUGUAUUGGAAAUAUAAAAAUGUAACUGCAAAUGUUAAACCGAAAGAAAUAUAUUCAUUCAGAAAUAAGGAGAUUACAACAAAGCCACCAUUUGAAAAUGUAAUUUAUCCAGCUGGGGACUUUGAAAAUGGAAAUUAUUCCAUAACAUUAAGCUCAAUCACCUUUAAAUAUGGUGGGCAAUACACAUGUCAUACCCAAAUACAUGGAUCAGAUGCUAAACAAACAUCAGCGUUCAACAUAGAUGUUGUUGGCUGGGAAAAAAAUGACAGCAUUUUUCUUGGAGAUACGCUUAAUUUAUCUCUGCACACAAAUGAGUCUGUGCAAUUGGACUUCUGGAGAAAUGGAGAAAAGCACAACGUUGGCAAAAUACAAAUUAAUUCCCAAAAAUGUGACCUGGACAACAGAUACAAGAAUCGUUUCGAAAUGGGGAAUGAGGUGCUGAGAAUACAUCGUGUCACUCCUGACGAUGCUGGUGUCUACACAGUGCAAGAUGAACGUUCUGGAAAAAACAUUAGCAUUGUAAGACUGGAAAUAACUAAUCCAAAAGAUUUGUCAAAUUCCACCAGCAAGAACAGUACAGGACAAGGCCCUCCUAUGGCAGAUGAAUUGAAGAAUUUGCUGAUUGGGAUUAGUGUCUGUGUAGUACUACUCAUAUGCAUAUGUGCCAUUUUUUUAUGUAAGAGAGGUAAUAUUCGUGGACCUAGACAUGAUAGCAGAUCUGUUAGCUACCGAAGAAAACCACAAGUAGAUGCAGUACGUCGAAUAAGAAGAAGAACAGUAACAUCUAGCAGCGACAGUGUGGUGGAGGAGUGAUCAUGUAGGCAAAGAACUUGUUAGAACAUUACAAUUUGUAGAUGGUUUAAAAAUUGACUCCAAGACGUACUGCAAAUUUCUAGAAGAUUCCUUAUGCAAAAACUGGUACAAAGCAAAGUAAGCAGCUUUCAAAAGGUUAUGAUAUACAUACAGGACAAUGCCCCUUCCCAUGCAUCAAAGUAUUCCUUAGAUUGACCAAGAAAGGUGAUUGAAUUAUGACCAUGCCACCUUCUUCUCCUGACUUGAACAUUGUUGAGAACUACUUGGCCUGACUAAAGUAUGAGAUUUAUCAUGGUGGCAAGCAGUACACUUCUCAGAACAGCGUUUGGGAGGCGGUCCUAGCUGCCUCAGAUAAUAUAGGACAGGAUCCAAUCAAAAACUUGACUGGUUCAAUGGACAACAGGCCCAUGAUGGCCAUUGAGAAGAAAGGUGACUAUAUAAGACACUACACUUGAUAAAGUGGACUUUAUAGAACAGUCGAAAGUUUAUUCCUUAUGUAGGCCUAUGGGAAUUUUGGGUAAAUGAUUCUCAGAGUUAAUAAAUCUAAGUUGAUGUUUAUUCUUAGUGUCAACCUCAUAUUUUUGAAGAAAAAUGUGUAGUUUAUGUAAAAAUAAUAAUAAAAAAAAAAAAACUCUACCUGGAGGGAUGAUCCAAUCAGCGGAGAAGAAAGUUAAGCAAAGUUAGUAAAACAUGAGCUUUAGAUUUGUGAUGGGGGAAUGUGAGCGAUAAACAGAUAGUGAGUCGCUUAAGAACAUUCUACUCGUGUUGUUUAGUGUUACUGCGAUGUUUGAGUAAAACUUACAGAUUUUACUGCAAUGACGCCGGAGAAUGGCUAAUUGGAGCUUCAAGGGACUGUGCAAGGAGUAGCCUACUCGGACCAUGAACUUCAAUCGUCGGUGACAUCCCUGCUGGGGGGGUGAUGACGUUCAAUCUCAUCCCCUCCGCUACCACCGCGCUGCCUGUGUGAGGACGCCGACAGCCCGUCAUAAUGGCGUGAGUUUCUUUCUUGGCGCUUUGACACGAAGCAGCCAGAUAUUUUGGGCCUCUCCGCUCACAAGCCUCGCUUCAGGCCUGUGUCCCUAACUUGAUUGGGUACCCAUUUCACCUCAGGUUUUGAUUUUAUGUUUGUCAGUUUAGUAUAAACUGUUGGUUUUUGAAUUGUAUGUGAAAUGAUUUGGGGUAUUGUCUUGAUUGAGGUGAGAAAUUCUGUGUAAGUUACGUAUGAAAGAACGGCUAAAGUUUGAACGAGCUUACUGAAAUUAGUCGUUUUUGGUUUUGCAAGCCUAUUUGAUUUAAAUUUUAUAUACAUAUUUUCAGUAAACAGUUAACUUUA